GAUAAAUCUUCGUUCCAGCAUCAGUCAUCUACCAGCAAUCGUCUGAUAAGCUCCGCCUCGAGUCCUCUGGAAUUGCAACUUCCAAACGCCUCCACCGCCACCAUGAAGACCUUCGUCGCCAUUGCCGUUGUUGCCCUGAUCGCUGGCACUUUCGCCCUCACGAUUGACCAGAAAAAGAAGGCCGAAGGAUACGCGGCCGAGUGCGUCAAGACGACCGGUGUCCCGCCGGAGACGGCGGCCAAGCUGAAGGGGGGCGAUUUUGCCGGCGCUGACGAUAAGACCAAGUGCUUCGCCAAGUGCUUCCUCGAGAAGGCCGGCUUCAUGACGGACAAGGGCGAAAUUGAUGAGAAGACCGUCAUCGAGAAGCUGUCGGUUGACCACGACCGGGCAAAGGUGGAGGGACUGGUGAAGAAGUGCAACCACAAGGAGGCCAACCCGUGCGAGACGGCCUUCAAGGCGUACCAGUGCAUCUACGCUGCUAAGGGUGCUGUCGUCUGUAUAAAACGAUGCGAGACACGCGUUCUCGAACGCUACUCCCGCAACAGGUGUGAUAGAAUGAAGUUCUUAGUGUUUGCCAUUGUGUUAAGUGCGAUUUGCUUGGAUGCACUGGUCGAUGGAGCAGCAGCACCUCCACCGGAUCUGGAAGAUGUGAGCAAAAUUGCCAACGGCGAAGCAUUUGCGCUGGAAUGCUUGAUCGAGAGUGGACUCAAGCUGGACUCGCUGGCUGCCCUCUCGGCAAAGGAGCUGGACACGAAUGGCAGCAAGAUUAAGUGCUUGGUGAAAUGUUUCUUCGAGAAAACGGGCUUCAUGAACAAGGACGGCCAGCUGCAGGAGGAAACCAUCACCGAGCAGCUGUCCAAGUUUAUGCCCCGCGAGCGCAUUGAAUCGCUCGUCAAAAACUGCAACUUCCAGGAGGCGGACGCUUGCGAGACGGCAUACAAAGUGACCGAGUGCUACUUCCAGAACAAAGCCGGUCUGUUUUAAGUUCGUGCGUGCCCACCUACCAACCUACCGGAAGCUGAUGUGAUAGCGGCCACGUGUGGUUCCAGCAAGUGCUACAUAUGAGUGUGAUCUGUUCAAUAAAUUCCCGCCACCAGCUGUCAGAACGGUCAGUGCGUUGUGUGGAAUUGCAAGUGUUUACGUGUUUGAAUGUCGCUUUGUACCGGUGAGCUGAACAAGACUGGGCCGGCGAGAACGGGAAGCGAUAAUGAGCCAGAUUAAAUGCUCGUCUGGAGAUUAUUCAGUGAAGGGAGUAAAAAGUGUGCCCUUGCGUGCGGGUAGUUCUCAUCAAUGAUUCAAAGUGCUUUGUUCUAAAAAGAAGGCAAUUUGUAUGUCUCCUGUAGUUCCAACACACUCAUCAAAUAGUGAUUGAAGGUGAUUUAGUUUUGUUUCGUUUGAUAAUAGCUAUUAUUGUCUGUGAACUGUUUAGUGAAUGAGAAAAUUGCUAACGCGUCGUUGAUUAGCAUACGCUAAUGAGUCAACCUGUCAAUCAAGUAAUAUAAAUCGCGUGUUUGAUGAGAAUAGGUAUCAUAAAAGAAGGGUUUUAUACGCAAAACCGGGAAAGAGUUGUUUGAAAUAAAUCUCUUUGUUU